AUGUUCUCUGCAAAUGAGGACAACACUGGAGCACAGUUUUUUCACUUUGAAGUAGACAGAGAAACAGCGAAGAAAUUUGAGAGUGGUGUUAUCAAAGCGAGGAUUGAGGGGAAUAGAGUAGUGUUAAAUAUUAAUGGUGCGGACUUACCUUUUGAACAAACCGACCACACCCGAAAAAUGUAUAACUGCAACGACGAUGAUUACCCCAUGAGUUAUGAAGUGUUGUCUGUUCAUGGGAAUUACAUCAAAGCAACGACGCGACCGAUGUCACAAGAGCGCCAACGGAAAGAGAAAGUAGAGAUCAAAGUAGACGAGUCGAAUGCGUUGCGACAAAAAGAGAAAGACCGGGAGCGCGAGAAAGAACUUCGCGAGAGACGGGAGCGUGAAGAGAAAGAGAAUGAGCGUCAACGGAAAGAGAAAGAGAUGAAAGACCAACGCGACCGCGAACAACGAAAACAAGAAGAGCAAAGUCGACUUGAGAAACAACGUCGUGAAGAAGAGAAGAAGAAAAAUGAGUCUAAAAUACUCGAAGACAAAAUUGGUGACGUUGUCGUCUUGAAUCAAGACAAAAAGAUUCCCAAACUCCGUACCUCCCAGAAAGACAAAGAACGAGAAGAGAAGAAGCCACGACCAAUCGAGAAAGAGAAGCCCAAAAGCGCACUUUCCUUCACAAUUAAAAAGGAUCCCAAAGUGGACACAGAUGAAUUGAAAAGGGUCGUCGUAGACAUUCAAAAGAUUCAGCAACUCUUUAAUAGUCUUCUUGAUUCGCAAACGUAUUCCGAUGAAGACGUUAUCAAAUUGAAUCGCCUUCAUAGAGAACCGUUUUUAAAGCUCACAAAACGAUACAAAGAGCUUAGAGAGAAACUCCAUAAUUGA